GAAACCGUACAUCACGGUUUGACUGUUGCACUGGACCCAAAUGUCGCGAGGGGGAAAUCGAGUUGUGCGACAGAGGGAUCAACUCCAGAGCUGCCAAAGUGGCUGUGGUGAGGAAGGCUGGCGGGAUUGGGAUGAUAUUGGCAAACGGCGUCUUCAAUGGUGAGGGUUUGGUGACGGACUGCCACGUAUUGCCGGCAGCUGCAGUCGAGGCUUCCGGGGGCGAUGAGAUACAAUAAACACAGAAACCCUACCAAAGCCUCACUCAGUCUCAGUGAGCUGGGUUCUGGGUUUGGGUUUAUAUUGCUUGUUUUUUUUGGGAAGGAAAUUUUGAUAGGAGUCUUUUUUUACAUGCCUUUGUCCCUGUAGAACCAUGGAUUCUGAAUGGAUUGUUUAGCUUCUGGCAUUUCUUUACCUGAAUAUCAAUUUCCGGUGCUGCAGAUUGGUUGUGCCAAAAAUAGUAAAAUUAUGCUUCUGAUGGUUGUUCUUCUCUCUCUCUCUCUCUCUUUUCUCCAUGGUUCUUUUAAUUUCAAGUUGAAAGCAAUUUUUCUAUUUUUGGCUUUCGUUCUGGUCGCAUCUCUGUUUUAUGCUUUCGCAGGUGCUUUCUAUUGUUUUUUAAAUGGACCAAGUAAAAUGGGUAUUUUUGCAGCCUUGGAUUAUGGGGUUUUGACUCCUUGAAUAUGAACUCAGGCAGGAGUUUGAAUGUAGGCCUCAUAAUUUGGAGUUUACAAAACAGUCGUUGCAUAUUUUAUUUCUAUUUACCAAUUAUGUGCUAGGUUUUAAUGUUUAGUCUGCACUGAACAGCUGAACCUCCAGUUUGAACAAUCAUUCCCUUUGUAAAUGGGUUCAAGAUAUCUGAUAUAUUAUUUAGCCAUGGGAAUUCGUUGAUGUAUUCAUGAAUUGUUUUUCCUCUGCAACUCCAACUACUCUGGGAAGAAUAUCCAAUCCGUCACCAGGAAGAACGCCGAUUGCAGCGGAGCUCGCCGGGCGGGACACGUGGGCAAUCUCAACUACCCAUGGUUGACGGUGGUAUUCCAGCAGUUAGGCGACGGAGCGGAGCAGAAGCCACAGGAGCCAAGGCGGAAGAGGAUGUCGACACACUUCAUCAGGACGGUGAUGAACGUGGGGAACCGAAAUCGGAUAUCAAGUGCCGAUGAAGCCUCCGAGUGGGACCACGGUGACGGUGCAGUCGGAGAAGCUGGUAUUCAAUAGAGUGGGUCAGAAGUUGAGCUUUCCGAUGAGGGUGAACUGAUGGGGGAAUUUAAGGGAUUAUGAAAAAAGUCACUCACUUAACAGAAAAAUCUAAUUUUAAGGAAGGAGAGUAAAUUAAUUAAAAAAUCGUGAAAAACUUAAUAUUUUUCCAAAGUUCAAGGAGGAAAGUGAUAACUCUUCUUUAAGUGUAGUCUAGUCGCCUCUCGUCAGUCUCGUGUACUCGUUGUCUUGAGUCUCUUGACCCUAAGUGGGUCUUUCUAGGUCUAGUGUGGUCUUUGAAUUAGCAACUGAGAUUUGAGUUCGACCCCGACUUUAUAGUGAUACGACCGAUACAUAUCAGUAUUGCUAUGAGUGCCGGUCUCGGAAUUGACCGAUACCAUGAUUUAAAUCCUCGCUACACUUUUUGCACAAAUAAACCAGGAAAUGUAUUUAUAAGUCAGGGAAAAUGACCAUUAACUCCUUUGCACUUGAGAAAAAGGCAAAAAGCAAUCUGAGAGCGGAUGGGUACUGGAGUUGCUGGGUUUCACGUUGGUCUGAGAUUCUGAGGCCACUUGAGGGGCAGGGCGAGUUGACGUUUCAUUUCCUGGGAAUCUGUUCAUCACUAAAACCUGAAAUCGUUCAUCUGAGAUUGAGUAAUCCAACCAAAACCAGCUUUGACGGCAAUCACUGAGUACGUAUCUCGAAUCUGUACUUUCGAUCUUUCAAAGUGAGCUUAUUCAUUGUUAGGAAGAGAAAAAAAGGAUCUAAGAGAUGAGGUAUUUGACAUCUCGAAGAAGGCGUCUUCCUGCCAAGGCAUUUCUUAUUACAUGCGCUCUAUUCACUGGUUUUGGCCUCUUAAUGCUCGCUUUCAAGUCCCUCGAUCCUCCGGCCACACUUAGUUUUGCAGCUAACGACGGAGAAGAUAAGAGCGAGCUCGAACAAGUGCAGGGAAUGGAAUUAAGUGAUCCAAGCGAUAAUGGAUCAUCAUCUUGCGCAACGGUCGAGAAGAUGGGUGAGGUUUUCUCCCAAGGGUUUGUGGAGGCAAGUCUCAGGUUAAGAAGGAUCAUUCGGAAUCACUUUGCAUUGCAAGGAGCUUCUAGAAUCCGAGGACUACCUCCAGAGCAGUUCUGCAGACAAGGUUUUGUUCUAGGGAAAGCAUCGGAAGCAGGUUUUGGCAAUGAAAUGUACAAGAUAUUAACUGCUGGAGCACUGAGUAUUAUGUUAAACCGGUCCCUGAUCAUCGGGCAAACCAGGGGUCAAUAUCCAUUUGGUGAUUACAUUUCUUAUACCAACACUGCAUUUACUUUGAAAGAAGUGAAGCAUCUAUGGAGACAGAAUGAUUGCCUGGGCAAGUACGGAAGGCAUUUGAUUAUGAGAACUGAUGAUUUCGAGAAGCCUGCUGAAACAAAUGUUCUAUGUAGCAAUUGGAGAAAAUGGAAACAACCCAUCAUAUGGUUCCAAGGUACAACUAAUGCAGUGGCUGCUCAGUUUUUCUUGAAAAACAUACACCCUGAGAUGAGGAUUGCAGCUUCCGAAAUAUUUGGGCAGCCUGAAUAUCUUCAUUCUACGCCAAACGUGUUUGGGGAGCUGAUUAAAAUUAUAAUAUAUCCUUCAAGAGAUGUUGAAGAAGCUGUGAAGUGGGUUCUCAAUGGUGGCGGGGAUCCAGAUAUAGUAUUGCAUAUGCGAAUGCUUACAAACAGGUCUGUAAGAGCAGUACAAGCUGCAUUCAAAUGCAUAAAAAAGGCCCUCAGUAGUUAUCCGUCACAGGUGGCAAGACCUCGAGUGGUUUUGGUUUCCGAUACACCUUCUCUUAUCAAAGAUAUUACACCAGACCUGCAGAAAUUUGCAGAGGUUCUUCAUUUUGAUCAUCAGUUAUUCAAGGGAAAUAUAUCUGGUGUGUCAACAAGUAAAGGACACCAGUUGGAUUUUAGAGUUAAGGACUGGGGCCCAGCCCCAAGGUGGGUCGCAUUCGUGGACUUCUUCCUUGCAUCGCGUGCAAAACAUGCUGUCAUUUCCGGGGCCCAUAGGCGUGUUGGAACCACCUAUGCCCAGCUUAUUGCGGCAUUGGCAGCAGCACAUAGACUUGGUGAAAAUUCUACUGUCUCAAGUUUUUCAUUCUUCAGUAGUUUCCAAAGUAAUUUGUUGUCAGAAGGCUUGCGGAACCAAAUUGGUUGGGGACAUGUAUGGAACAGAUUUGCAGGUCCACUGAGUUGCCGUAAGCAGUCCAAUCAAUGUGCUUUCACUCCACUUCUUCCACCUGCUUGGUGGGAUGGAACUUGGCAAUCUCCCAUUCCACGAGAUGUUCGUAGGAUGGAGGUUUAUGGAAUUGAACUCAUGGAUUUUGGCAAAGUCAAUGAUAGCCAUCUUCAGUCUUUCUGUAAGUCGAAGAAAGAUAAUGUGAAAACUGCCCCCGUGUUCCAUACAUGUUAAACUACACAUUGUUCUUGAUUAAAUCUUUGUUGUUGUUGUUGUGCGGCUCUGUGGCUAUGAAGGUGAGCAUCUCAUAUUUCUGUCUCCUUAUUUGGUGAAAUACUUCUUUCUUUAUUUGACUGUUUAUGCCC